GUUCUCAACCGUAUCCGGUGGGGCAGCGGUCCAAGGCUCGGAAAAAAAAUCGUAGCGAGCAGGAAGGUCUGGUAACGGUGUGCUUUGAGAAAUACAUCGCAAGUCCCGACUCUUUAUCGAAAAGCUCGUUGGGAUUUUACGGUUUUUCUCUGAGGUUAGAGGUCAUAGAACAGGGUUGCCGCUGUCGUCAUGGCAUCUGGAAGUACGAGCAGUGAGGAGGAACGGAGCCUCAGGGAGUGUGAGCAGUACGUGCAGAAACACAACAUCCAGCAGCUGCUGAAGGACUGCAUUGUCCAGCUGUGCACCUCCAGGCCGGACCGGCCCAUGGCCUUUCUAAGGGAGUACUUCGAAAGGCUGGAAAAGGAGGAGGCCAAGCAGAUUCAAAACCAGCAGAAGGCCAGCAGCUCCCGCUCAGACUCUCGUGAUGAGGAAGUGUCUCCGCCCAUGAACCCUGUGGUGAAGGGUCGCCGGCGCAGAGGAGCCUUCAGUGCAGAGGUUUACACAGAGGAGGAUGCAGCCUCAUAUGUCAGAAAGGUUAUUCCAAAGGACUACAAAACCAUGGCUGCUUUGGCUAAAGCCAUUGAAAAAAAUGUGCUCUUCUCACACCUUGAUGACAACGAAAGAAGUGACAUAUUUGAUGCCAUGUUUCCAGUCACCUAUAUCGCCGGGGAAACGGUUAUUCAGCAGGGUGAUGAAGGGGACAACUUUUAUGUCAUCGAUCAAGGAGAGAUGGAUGUGUACGUGAACAACGAAUGGGUGACCAGCAUCGGAGAGGGAGGAAGCUUCGGAGAGCUGGCACUGAUCUACGGCACCCCGAGAGCAGCUACAGUCAGAGCCAAGACUAACGUCAAGCUGUGGGGCAUAGACAGAGAUAGCUACAGGAGAAUACUGAUGGGGAGCACUUUGAGGAAGAGGAAGAUGUACGAAGAAUUCCUCAGGAAAGUCUCCAUUUUAGAGUCUCUAGACAAAUGGGAGCGUUUGACGGUGGCCGACGCCUUGGAGCCCGUUCAGUUUGAGGACGGACAGAAGAUCGUUGUUCAGGGCGAGCCUGGAGAUGAGUUCUUCAUCAUUUUAGAGGGUUCAGCAGCUGUUCUGCAGCGUCGCUCUGAGAAUGAGGAAUUUGUUGAAGUGGGGAGAUUAGGACCAUCUGACUACUUUGGUGAGAUCGCUCUGCUGAUGAACCGCCCUCGUGCUGCCACGGUGGUCGCUCGCGGCCCGCUGAAGUGCGUGAAGCUGGACCGGCCCCGUUUCGAGCGCGUCCUGGGCCCAUGCUCGGACAUUCUCAAGCGCAACAUCCAGCAGUACAACAGCUUUGUGUCGCUGUCUGUCUGAAGGGAGGAGAAAUACUCCCCCCUUCUUUUCUGCCAGACCCCCCACCCCCCCUCACUUUCUCACCUUCUUCUCUUCUUUCAGACCCAGGGUCCACAAAUGCAAUUCGCUUUGUUUUGUUUUUUUUCUUCACUCUGCUCUCCUUUCUUUUUGGCUUUUGAUAUCUCUCUUCGUUUUACUCGAAUCGUUUUGCCGUUACCACGUGCCACGCUGUGGUGACUUUCAGCCAUUCACCAGCGCUUGUACCAGCUGCUGUACGCUACCUUUUAGACACAGUUACACCACAUGUUACUUUUCUUUCAUAUAUUGAUAUAUAUAUAAAUAUAAUGUUAUAUAUAUCUUUGCUGGUUACAUUUUUCUCUUUUUAGAUUUAAAUUUAAAGCAGGAAAUCUGAAAGACUUAAGGGUCUCCGACUGAUGAGACAAUCAGACCUUACAAGGCGCUUUUAGUGUUUCGGUUAUUUUUCUUUUUCCAGUUGAGGCGAAGGCUGAUUCUUCCCUCUUUAUGUCAGUUUGAAGGUACACAGGAAAAAGCAGAAACAUGACCGCAUUUAACUGUCCUGCAGCGUUUUUAAUCACUUCUUUUUGGAAUCCGCUGUAAUCUUAGGCUCCAUUUGUUUCAGGGUGUUUCUUUGUUACCGUUUGAUGGGGAUGAUGUAGACAGUGACGUGUCUGUUUCGCUUAGUUUGGAUAAGUUUGUACAACUUUUUUUUUGUUAUUUUUAUUUUUUUAUUGUGCAGCUACCAGGCUAGUGCCAAAUGUUGAUUAUUGUCACAGCGCAGAGAAGCAUAGCUGCGGAAAUGUUCCCUAAGGCUCCAGCAGAAAAUGGCUACUACCCUUAGAGUUCUCCUGAUCGACUGAACAACUACACAAGAACUGCCUUGAAUACUCGAAGGAGAAAAACAAAAAAAAUAAAGGAGUAUUAUGUAAGAUUCAGUAUUCAGUUUGUUUAGAAAAUACCAAAUAACUUGGUCACUCUUCUGCUAUUGUUUAUAAUCAAAAUGUCAUUAUGGUAUAGUUAAAAUAGUUAUAUUAUUAUCAUUUACAAAAUGAUAAAUCUUAUGGUUUGGAGUGAAAUAUGUUUAACUGUCUUUUGUAAACACUUAUUUUUCCAUAAAAUCUAUUUUAGGUGUUUGGUGCCACAAAGUAAUACAUAAAUAAAUGAUUCUUCUUGUUGACUGAUAUCAACAGUAUGUACUGCUAUUGUGUAAAACAUCAUGGAAAAACUUUUUAAACGGAAAGACGAGUUACGGAUUAGUUAAAGGAAGUAUUUAGCUGUGAAAGCUGACGGGCAGAAGGAGCAGAUGUUGACCGGAACGCUGGAGUCGGAGCGUCUCGUUGCCCGUUAGGGGAAAAGGUCUGUUACCAUCAGAGUGGCUGCUGACCUGUUCUCUACGCUUUACCCGGCAUGAUGUUUUAAGGCAUCCGUGUGAAUGAAAGGUUGUAUUUAAAGAAGCAGGAACUAUGUUGAAUGUUUUGUUUGUUAUCCCCUUGCUUAACUGCUUCACCUCUAUUUAGAUAGCAUCCAAUGUUUUUGUAACAUCUCUACCAAAAUGAGACAAUGUUGACCUAACUUCUCAUUCCUGCUUCACUCUUUAGUCAGAACUGAAUCUGCUGUCUGUUUUUUUUUUUUUGCUUGCAGUUGUAUGCGCUUCAGUUUGAGAUGUAUGUUGAAUUUGUUUUCUUUUUUUGGUACUGAUUGCAGAGUGUUGAGCUCGAUGAGAUGAAGGUUUGAACCGAUCAUCUUUUCUCCCCAGCCCUUAUCCUGGAUGUGGUUAUGGGUCGGUUGUGUCCACUGAAAACACAUCCUGUUUAUCCUCCGUCAAGGUUGAGGGAUUCACCUUCUUUCAGAGCAUUAUUUUCAUGUAAAUAGCUGCAUUAUAGGUUUUAGUUGGAAACGUUUCUAGCCACACUGCAAUCGUCCCGGUUUGCCUUAGCUUACCUGACCUGGGCUUACAGUAGUCGUCCGUCACUCCUGCUAGCCUGACCUUCAGAGAGCUUGACUGGUGUGCAGCGCGAGGGGCUGCAGGCCAUCAGAGGACCAUUCUUUUUCUAUUCUAACCUGUAUUUAGUUUGACCUCCUGUAUGUGCAAAGAUGUUUAUCCUUUUGGUAUAGAUUGUUCCAGAUGGCAGUUUAAGCAAUAAAAAGUAAAAACUAA